GCGAGGUCACAGCACGCCAGGAAACAAAUCCAGUGGGAAAAUAAGUAUGUUGUGGUUAUUUUUUCCCGAACGCUGCUAAUAAUGGGAGACAAGGAGAGAUCUAUCGAGGCGAAGGGGGAGCAGAAGGAAAUGAUGACGGUUCCUCUCUGUCCUCCGAUCUACCCACUGCCUGAAGAAAUAAAAAAGAUGGAGCGGAGUGAUACAGUGUGCCAAUAUUGCGGUAUAAGCUACCUCAUAUAUCACGAGUUCCAUCAGCUGAACACCCGACUGGCUCAGCUGGAGAUGGAGCUCCAGGGCCUGAGAGAGACGGCUCAGAGAGAGAAGGCCCAGCGAGAGGCACUGGAGAUGGGCAGGGUGGAGUGGGAGAGGUCACUAAACCUGGAGGUGCAGAUAAAAGCAGAAAAGAAAAAGAACAACAUGAAGGAAGAGCUGGAAAAGAAGAACAUAGAUGCGGAGAGGUUUCUGAGAGAGGAGUUUGAGAAGAAGAGGAGAGCGAUGGAGGAGGACCAUAAGAAAAUCAUCGAUGAGAAGGAGAAGCAACUUCGGAAAGAACUGGGAGACGUAGGGGAGAAGAGACUGAGGACACAGAGGGAUGAGCUGGAAAGGAAGAGUGAGGAGAGAGAGAAAGUUCUGAGUGACGCACUUCAAAAGGCCAAUAAAAAUUUAGAUGAGCUGAGAAAAUACCUCCAACAACUGGAACACAGCCUGGCGGUGGCAGCUUCCUUGAAAGAGGAUGCAGAACAGUUACUUGGGCAAGAGAAACAGCACGGGGAGAUGCUCAGAGGUGUGUGUGUGCAGCAGGUGAAGGUCCUCCAAGCCACUCUCUCUACGCUCCGUUCCUCUGGCAGAGAGCUCGCUGAUAUACGGGGUUUCCUCGGCCAGUUGACAGGGGCCUGGCAGGCCUUCAAAACGCAGAUACUGCAGCACAGUGCACAGGCAUCCUCAGUGCUAAAAGAAGUGCUCAAACAUUCCAGUGAGGAGUUACACAAAAUGAGGGAAGAGAGAGAGAACCUAAAUCAGCAGCUGACGGAGCUGAGGAAACGGAGUGAGGAACAGCUGUUCCAACAGGAAGAGUCUGACAAGAAGAACAGAGAUAAAAUCCUCAGAUUAAAAGCAGAGAUGGAGGAGAAACGUGACAGGUGGUUGUCAUGCCAACAAACGUGUGACACGAUACAGGACCAGCUUUCAUUAUGGCAACAGAGGGAAGAACAAACAAACCAGAGGUACUGCUCAGCCAAAGAGGAAGUGACACAGCUGAAGGAAGUCCUGGAGAAAGUCCAACAGGAAACAAGAGACCUGAAGAGAGAACGAGACGCGUUGAUAGACUCCCAUGGUCGAGCCCUGGAAAAUCUGGAGAAAGACUUCACACAGGAAAUGGCUUUGAAGCUGGCUGGUGCCCUGGAGGAGCAGAAGACCCAGAGUGGAUCGCACCUGCGGGAGCAGAUGGAGGAGCUCCACAGGGAGGUGGAGCUGGAGCUGAGCAUUGACAGGGAGAAGAACCAACUGCUGCUUCUUCAAUACCAACGAGACAGCACGCAGCUUCAGCAGAAGCUGAAGCACAGAGAGCAGGAGCUGGGAGAACUGAAAGAGGAGCUGCUGCAAGAGAGGAGGAGCAUGGCAGAGGAGAGGAGGACACAAGAUGAGCAGAGAAGGAGGAGAGAGGAGAUUCACAAGGAGCUGCACCUUUCCAGACAGCAGGAGGCACUACAGCUGAGCGAAGCCAAAUCUGAACUACAGCUUAUGAAGGAGAGCAAUGCUGAACUACAAGAAGAGUAUUUGCGUUGGCAGCAGAGUGUGCGGUGAUGGAUUUCUGAGCCUGGGCCAUCUGAAUGGAGAUGAAUUGAAUUGUGAAACAAAAAGUGAAAAGAGAAAGGCAGUGCACGGGGAAACAGGAUGUGGUGUACAUAUGAAGAGCCUGGAGGAAGGAAGCAAUGCAAUGGUGGCAGUUAAGUUAAGUCAUUUUGAACAUGAGAGUGAGAAAGACCAAAAAUAGAACACAACACUGUCUCUGUGUGUGUGUGCGUGCAUGCGCAUGCAUGCAUUUGUCUAUGUGUGAGGCUGCAGGCACAUUUUGGCCACUAACACAAAUAUAGCGGGAUUACUUAAAAAACCACUGAACUGAUUUUAUUUAUUUGUUAUACACAAGUAUAGACCACUAACAAUAUAAAGUAUGUGAUGCAGCAAGUCAAAAACAGGAAAUGGGGACCAUAGUUUUCAAGGUGGUUUUCAUGAAAUAAUGUGGAGGGGCCUGGCAUCACUUAAGUAAGAACCCAUCAAAUUUGGGAACUGAAAUUGUGGCUCGUAGCUGUUUUAUAGUUCAUUCUUCUAUGUUGCUAGAUAGGGUCGUUUAAAUGCUGGCGGUGAUAUCCUUCUAUUUAUAUGACGUGAUUGCAGACAUGAGGAAAAAGUCAAAACUGGUCCACAACUAUGUACCAAAUGUAUCAUAAGUUUUGUUACUUAAUCCUCUUGACCACAAUGAAACACGUUAUGAACUCUGCAACAAUCUCUCAUCAACACAGGUUUGCAUCCAUCCAGCUGACACAGAUCAACAUUAGCUUUCAUUUCAGUUUUUUUUUCCAGUCACCUGGUUAAGAGAGAAAAGUUGUGAGCUGUUUGUGAGGGUUUGUGUCACCUUUUCUAUUGCACACCCUAAUUAUUUGAUCCUUGUUCAUUAGAGCAGCUUUAAAAUGGUAAAAUCUGCAAAGAAAAUACACGACAUGCAUGGACAGAACAGCAGAGAAAUAACACUGAAUGUACAAAAAGCCCUGUGUAGAGUUGGAUAUUGAUUAGACAUUUUAGAUACAUUAAUAUUGAGUCUUGAAAGAUAAUAAGAAUAAUCUGUUUUAUGAAAUAAAAUGAAAAAAUUUACACAGUGCUGUAAAAUUCUUCACGUCACGAGCGCAAUCAUGUCUUGGGCAAACGUAUGCUUCAUGCUUAUUGGCUCACUGACGCUGAUGAGAUUAACAAACACAUUUUCAAUAUUAGAUACUACAAAAGUGUUGAGGUUUGAUGCCAAGGCCUUCACCUGCGGCAUUACAGUGUAAACAAGAUGGCAACUACAGUGCUGCAGUCUGUAUAUCGUGAUUCUUGACCAGACUCAUUGGAAGGCGGUGUUCACAGUUUACCUGUGCUAAUUUCUGUCAGGAUAGAUGGUUCAGUUUUAAAGUUGAAACCUUAUUUUCAACUCAUUACAACAGAAAGGUCACCUCAGCCGAGAUGAGACGGGAUGAGAAAGGUCACAUCAGUGUCUCUUGUCCUUUUCUCAUCAACUCAUUCAUCUCCUCCUCCUAUGUCUCUCAUCCACCUCCUGCUGUCUUAUGACUGCUAACAGUCCAUCCAUUUUGUCUCUCUAAUCAUCUCCAUCUCAUAGAGUGUCUGUCCAAGGAGGUUCAACCUAUUCAAGGUGUCCUGAUGCCAAUUUUACAGCUGAUGUGCUCUUUUAUGUUUAACACAGCGCCACCCUUAUUUCUCUGCUUAUUAAUCUAAUUUAAAGGGGAAAUUUUCACUGCAUCCAUACUUCUAAGGCAGAUCAAUCAGUAUAAUCUCUGAAGAUGACCUUCUAUCUUUCUUUUUCUUCCUGUCUUUCUGCCUGUCUUUCUUCCUCGUCCUUCAGUCUCUGUCUCUAAUGAUCUCUCUGUCUCAUUCAUGCCCGAUGUUAUAUUGAUCUGUGGAUGUUUGUGUGUGUUUGUGUGUGUGUGUGUGUAUGGUGGUUAGAGAUAAUCAGGUUUUGAUCAUGACCUUCAGAUGUCCUCUGUUGCCAAGAUACCGUUGCGGUGUGAAAUCUUUUCUCUCUAAGUGUUAGAGAGCAUGGUGUAUGAGUGACCUUUUAUCCAGUCAGGUUUUUAAUGAAUACAAUACAUUUUAUUUGCAAUUUCAUUUUUCAUUUUUCAGUAAAGCAUGUUGUUGUUGGCUCUUAUUAUCAUGCAGCACAGGUCAUUCUGAAUCUACUCUACAUGCUUUUUUUGCCCCUGUCUUCUUCAUUCCAACUGUCUUUUAUUUAUUAUUUCUCUCUCCCUCUCCCUCUCCCUCUCCCUCUC